AUGCCACCAUCGAAACCAAAGCCAUCUGAAAUCGCAGCAGAAGCCAAGAAGACUUAUAUACCCUACAUUCGGUCAACAUUUCAUGCUGAAUGGCCAGCUACUUCUUUCCUGUGCUAUUCGGAAUUCAUAAUGGCUCAGCCUCCACCGAAAGAAACUGCACAGCACUGUCGAUUUGCAUUCUAUGAGCGAGAUCCCGUAGAUCUAGCAUUGGAUUGGAUGGAGCCUGGAGGAGAACAGAUCCCGGUAAUCAUGCCAGCGAACGACAAGAGACCCGGAGGAGACUGGGAAGCUGGUGUAAUGUCACCUGAAGAAUGUCUCUGCCGGCGGAGCAAUCUUUUCGCCACUUUGACUACACCAGGACAGGGGAACGCUUCUGCAACGAAUUACCCAAUCCCUCCAAAGACUGGUAUCUACUCAGCUAAAGUCGUUGUAUUUCGAGAUGGUCCAGAAAAGUAUGAAGUCUGGCCCGAAUUCAAGGCCCUACCGAUCAUCUCCGUCUGCCCAGUCAAGCGGCCGAAACUGGACAGCUCACAAUUGAAGUACUCAUUCAAGCAGGAAAAGGAGCUCAUGAGGGAUAAGAUCCGUACCGCCUUACGGAUUGCAGUGUAUUACAAGCACAUCAAUCUGGUCAUCGGCACUUUUGGCUUGGGACCAGGAUUCCGAAACCCCACUGAAGAAGUCGCACUAAUGUGGAGGGACGCGUUACUCAAGGAUCCCGAGUUCGUGGGUCACUUCCGAGACGUUGUCUUUGCUUUUGACCCGCCGGAAGGACCUGCCGCCACGAGCUCGAGCUCUUCCAAGAGCUCGUCAUCGAAGUCAUCCUCAAAAUCAUCAUCAAAGAGCUCCUCGUCAUCGUCCUCAAAAUCAAGCGUUGCGGCAGACUUGGAUAUUUUCCGCCACAUCUUCAAGCCAGCAGUUGUUCAUGAUGCUUUCAAGACGCCUGCAACUUCACCUUAUCCUGCUGGCUCCUCAUCGGCCAUGUACUGA